CACUCGCUCAGUCAGACAGCAUACACACACUGCUCAGGGGGCAAGCAGUUGAAGAACCAGGUGAAGAACAAAUUGAGAUCUAUCUUCUUAGCAGAAGAAGAACAGAACCAGUGAAGAUCCUCUUUAAGAGACGAUCAUUGUAGAUCCUCUACAAUUACAGUUAACCCUUAAGUAACAAGACAAGACACAGAAGCUGAAGAUGCAGGUUUGCACAGUCCUGGAGAAGCGUGGCGGCUGCGUGGUGGGAGCCGAGCUGAGCUGCAGUGUGAGGGAGGAGAACGCUGCCAAGAGAGAGAGCUACACCGCUGACUGGCACAGCAUCAACAUGAAAACACAGCACGAGGAUCGCCAAUCCAUGGCAAUGUCCGACGAUUCACGACGGGAGACCAUGUCUCGUUACUGGCAAGCUCGCCCCCUCACCCAGUCCUGUCCAUCGGGAGUGCGAAGAGUGGGAACUCUGGAGUCUGGCGUUCGGGAGCACCAGCUGCUUCCCAAAAGAAACACCCUCCCCCUGCCAGUCUUCAAACCAGUGGACCUUGGCAUCCGACUGGGUCGCGGCACUCCACACACCCCCGAGGACUUCAUCCCUGCCCGCACACCCAACGGAGAGUGCCCAAACAAGAGGGACAUCCAGGAGAUCACCAGAGACCUGCCACCCGUCAAACCAACCCACAUGGAGUUCGCCAAAUCGGCCAGAACCCUGGGCAGGUCCAUGUCUCAGGAGGCCCAGAGGGGGUGAAGAGAAAGAGAGCAAGAGGGGACGGAGGGGAAGCUGAGUCGAAGAAUGUUUGGACUUUGUUGAACUGUGGAAGGGCACUGAGAAAAGGGGGCUAACCUUGCAGAUAUAGGUAGAAAAUGUACACAAUAGACGUUUUAAAGCCUUCUUUGUUACUGCCCUCGCCCUGCUUGAGAAACUGCAGAGACUGAUGUUGCUGAUGACGAUGCAAGAGGUUUGUAAAGAAGAUAUGAGCUGUAAAUAGUAUCUGAUUAAUUAAAUAGACCUGUAUAAUUAAAGUAAAGCAAGUUAAACUUUAGAGGAAGGAGUUGAGCAUGUUUUCGGCUGGAAACCAUUGGCACAAAUCGUACAAAACUAGACAGAAGAAAUGAAGCAGACAGAGCAAGUUCUGGACUUGAAGGUUGGCAGGCAAGAUCCUUUGAGGUACUGAUGCCUACUUGGAGGAAAUCAGUCAGAAAUCAAGAAGGAAAGAUACAGAAGAAAACAGAGGGACAGAAGCAGAGACAGUCAGGUUUAUGUGUAUUUUGUAAGCAGUCCUGCAGUUUAUGCAAUGAAAAAAGCAACAAUAAGCAUGUUUACAAUGUUUAGGUAAAUAUAUUUUAUUUUGUUACGACUUAUAAAUGAAUGAAAUUGCACUAUUUGUCAACUGUUGCUUCACAUGCAGUUGUUUUUUCCUCAUAGAUCACAGUGGUCUUUUUUCUUGUUUGUAAGAUGUCCAAUGUAUUGUUUCAAUAAAUAAAUGACAUAAAAAAAA